AUGUACCUUUACCUCCUCAUCCUCCUCCACCUCCUUUCCUCUGCUGGCGCCUCUGAGAGUGGUAUUGUGGGUGGUAAGAUAGCUAAGCCCCACUCUAGGCCCUAUAUGGUCUCUCUGCAACACAGAGGAUAUCGUGUUUGUGGAGGACUGCUCAUCCGAGAGGACUUUGUCCUGACUUCAGCACACUGCUUGAAAGGUUCUUAUCCUUUAACGGUGGUCCUUGGAGCUCACAACCUAACCAAAGAAGAGAAGAAGAGUCGGCAAGAGAGGAAAGUGUCACAUUACCAUCGACAUCCCUUACAUCAGAAUAUAACUCAGUUAAGUUACGACAUCAUGCUACUGAAGUUACAUACCAACGCCACUCUGAACGAGUAUGUGAAGGUCAUUGGACUACCCGAUAAAGACAAACGUAUCCCAGCCAGAACCAAGUGCUCUGUCGCUGGCUGGGGCAAGACUAAACCAGACAAAACAUCUGGCCCUGCAGAUGUUUUGAUGGAAGUUGAAGUCACGAUGCAGUUCAACUUUGAAUGCGGAAAUAAGUUGAAAGAUUCCUUUAUAAGUAGCCAAAUGAUAUGCACUGAAGAUGGACAGAAAGGCUUUUGUGAGGGAGAUUCAGGUGGACCUAUUAUUUGCAAGAACAAGAACGUGGCACAGGGUAUUGUUGCUUUUUUUGGUAAUCACCUGAAAUGUGAUGAUCGUAAGUUCCCCCGUGUGUACAUGAACAUUUCCUUCUUUAAGUCCUGGAUUGAAGAGGUGAUUAAUGGAUAGCUUUAAAAAAUAUAUAUAUUAAAAAAUAAUGCAUGCAUAAAUAGAUAUAUCAUAAAUGCAUAACAUGUUGUGUAUGAAUAUACAGGUAACUGUUAAAAUAGUGGAAACGCUUGAGUAAAUGAGGGAUACAAAUGAUUUUGAAAC